GUUGGACUCUCUUUUGCACGGGAGCGCGUUCCUCUGUCCUCCCCACGACCCCAAAUGGUCUUUCCUUGUGCAGAUUCGUUCUGCUGUGCAAAGACAUUGGAGAGAUGAUUAGCAGCAUCUGACUGGUCUUUGCACUGCGCCUUUUGCUCCUCUCGCUCAUAAGAACGGAACGUCUCCACUGCUAAGCAUGUCGUCAGCCCAACUUAGAUCUGGCCCCAGUCGGAACCUGUGUUGUCUCUGCCGCCUGCUUUUCCAGACUGAGAAGAGGCACCGGGUCGUUCCUGGUGGCUGUAGGUCUUAUUCCCAAGUGAGCCAACCUGACCGCCAUGGCCAUGGGGGGAAAAUGGCCCACCUGAAAAACAGGGCAGAGAAACAGAAGCGACAGCGGGAGAGGCUGGAGUCCAUCGAAGCUGGGCUAGGUGCUGGAGUGAAGGAAGAGCCGUCAAGCCAAGGCAGGGGGCAGGCUUCAAAAAACACGGCCCUGUACGACAUCCCGACGGAAGCGGGACAAAAGAAAGAUACCUCAGGACCACUGCCCACCUCCUACAGCCCACGCUAUGUCGAAGCUGCCUGGUACACUUGGUGGGUGAAGGAGGGAUUUUUUAAGCCAGAGUAUCAGCAUCGCUUGCCCCACCGGAAGCCAGAAAUGUUUUCUCUCUCUAUUCCCCCGCCUAAUGUCACAGGGUCCCUACACCUGGGCCACGCCUUGACUGUGGCUAUUGAAGAUGCUUUGGUACGGUGGAAGAGGAUGAAAGGCUAUAAGGUUCUGUGGGUUCCAGGUUCGGAUCAUGCUGGAAUCGCCACUCAGGCGGUGGUAGAAAGAAAGAUCUGGAAGGAACGGGGAGCCCUGCGGCAAGAGCUUUCACGAGAGGAAUUCCUCCAAGAAGUCUGGAACUGGAAAGAAGAAAAAGGAAAUGAAAUAUUCCAGCAGCUGAAGGUGAUGGGAGCAUCAUUGGACUGGGACCGAGCCUGUUUCACCAUGGACUCUGGUUUCUCCCAAGCGGUGACCGAGGCCUUUGUGCGGCUGCACGAGCAAGGCCUGGUGUAUCGGGACAGGCGCUUGGUGAACUGGUCGUGUGCCUUGCGAUCGGCCAUUUCUGAUAUUGAGGUGGAGAACAGGCUGCUCCAGGGGAGGACGGAGCUCUCCGUGCCUGGAGUCCAGCGCAAAGUGCCCUUCGGGGUCCUGGUGACAUUUGCCUACAAAGUGGAAGGAGAGGAUGGACUGAAGCUUCCUGUGGCCACCACUCGCCCAGAGACCAUGUUGGGAGACGUGGCUGUUGCCGUUCAUCCAGAUGACCCACGGUACACGCACCUUCAUGGCAAGAGGCUCUGCCACCCGUUCACUGGACGCCUCCUUCCUGUCAUUACUGAUCCCUUGGUGGAGCGGGAGAUGGGCACAGGAGCUGUGAAGGUGACACCAGCGCACAGCUAUGCUGACUAUGACCUGGCCCGCGGGCACGGCUUGCCAUUAGUUUCGGUUAUUGCAGAAGACGGUACAAUGACAGCGGAGUGUGGGGAAUGGCUACAGGGCCUGAAUAGAUUCCUGGCUCGUGAGAAAGUGUUGGCAGCUUUGGCGGAGAGAGGCCUCCAUCAGGGUGCAAAGGAGCACCCCAUGGCGCUCCCUCUUUGCAGCCGCUCUGGGGACGUGAUUGAAAUCCUCUUGAAGAACCAGUGGUUUGUCCGAUGUGAAGAAAUGGCUCACAGGGCCUUGGAGGCUGUAGAAUCUGGAGGCCUGAAGUUCACCCCUAGAUUUCAUGAGAAAAAAUGGAGGACUUGGCUCUUAAAUACCAGAGACUGGUGUAUUUCUCGCCAACUGUGGUGGGGUCAUCAGAUUCCAGCUUAUCGAGUCACAGAUCCUGGGGCACCUGUCAAAGGGGAGCAGGAGAGCGAGGGAUUAUGGGUAGUGGGCAGGACCGAAGCAGAGGCUCGGAGGAAAGCAGCAGGCAUGCUGGGAAAAUCAGAAGAAGACCUGGAGCUGGUGAGAGAUGCCGAUGUCCUGGACACCUGGUUCUCCUCUGGCCUCUUUCCUUUUGCCUCCUUGGGCUGGCCCCAUCAGACAGGAGACUUCCAGCAGUUCUAUCCCAAUAGCCUCUUGGAGACGGGGAGCGACCUGCUGUUCUUCUGGGUGGCCCGGAUGGUGAUGCUGGGAAAACAGCUAACCGGAGAACUACCUUUCUCUCAGGUGUUCCUUCACUCAAUGGUCUGCGAUGCCCAUGGCAGGAAGAUGAGUAAAUCUCUUGGGAAUGUGAUUGAUCCUCUGGAUGUCAUUCAUGGGGCAUCUUUGCAGGUCCUACAGGGAAAGCUUCAAAAGAGCAAUUUGGAUCCAAGAGAAGCUGCCAUUGCUAUGAAAGGCCGGCAGCGAGAUUUUCCUCAAGGAAUCCCCGAAUGUGGCACAGACGCUCUGAGGUUUGCCCUCUGCUCUUACAGUGCACAAGGCGACAACGUCAACCUGGAUAUAGCUGCAGUGGAGAACGCCAGUCGUUUCUGCAACAAGGUGUGGAAUGCCCUGAAGUUCACGUUGGCAGCCUUGGGAGAAGGGUUUGCCCCACUGGAUCCAGAGAAGGUCUUCCCAAGCGCCCCAAUGGACAAGUGGAUCCUCAGCCGUCUCUAUCACACAGCGGAAGAGUGUGCCCAGCGCUUUGAGGCAUGCGAGCUGCAUUCUGUCACCUCUUCCGUCCAUCUUUUCUGGCUGCACAAUUUCUGCGAUGUCUACUUGGAGUCUGCAAAGCCCAGUUUGAGGAGUGAAGAUCCAGCUCGGCUCCAUUCCACCCGUCAGACCUUGCACAGCUGCAUGGACCUGGCUCUGCGCCUCCUGUCUCCCUUCAUGCCUUUCCUCACGGAGGAGCUGUGGCAGCGGCUGCCCAAGAUGGACUCCCAAGCGCCUCCCAGCAUCUGUGUGGCCAAAUACCCAGACACUGAGCACCUGGCUCAUUGGUGUCAUCCUGAAGAAGAGGCAAACUUCCUGUUAGUACAGGAAGCCAUCAGAGCAGUGCGUUCCCUGAGGGCAACGUAUCAGCUUACCAAAGCUCGGCCAACAGUAUAUCUGGUUUGCCCAGAGGCAGCUCCCUGUGGUGUGUAUGAGAACUAUCAGGAACCACUGCAGACUCUGUCCUUGGCUGGAUCUCUGAGGUUCCUUCCUGAUUCCGAGGGAGCAGAGCCACCCGAUAGCUGCGUAGCUGCAAGGGUAAACAAUCACACCACCAUCUACAUGGAUAUGCAGGGAUUGGUUGACCCACAAAAGGAGCUCCUCAGAUUGUCUUCAAAGCAACAGAAACUGGAGCAGCAACUGGCAGGUCUCACAGCACGGGUUCAGGGGGCCAGAUACCAGGAGCAGGUCUCCGUAAAAGCCAAAUCAGAUCACCAGCAAAAGAUUUUCUUGGUUCGGUCAGAACUGGAACGGAUAGGAUGGGCCACAGCAACCUUCCAGAAGAUGGGUGGAAGGCAAGGAUCAUCUCCUGAGAGGACUGAGGACUGAGAAUUGGCAGAAUUCGUACUGUUACCUGGUAGCCAGAUUAAGUCCUAGGAGACUAUGCACCAGGGAAGAGGUUCAUGAAAGUCUAAGUUAUCAAACUCUAUGAUGGACCCCAUCCAUCAAGAUCAGUGCAUUGACUUGAUUUGGACACCAGGGGCACCAGUUGAAUUCCAGAAGCGUCAGUCAACUUAUAUGCACCACAAGUCAUGGACCACCCAUGGAAGGGACGAUUCUCUCUAGCAGUUUUCAGAGCCAGCCUUUGCUACUGCAGGAGUUGUGGACUAUAAGAACGUGCAUGCCUCCUUCAGCUACAGGGUAACCAUCCUUUUGCUAGAGGGUAACCAUACAUUGUUCCUGCUUCUUGGUAGCUCUGGGCCAGGUCAGAAUGUACAAUAUCUCUAUGCAAUAUGUCUGAUUCUCCCCGGGGAUGCAUUCACAUGGAGAGCGAAGCGCAUGGCCUUGGCUAACCAUGGAGACUUCUGCAGCUAGCCGUAAAAUAUUCACAUAAUCACAGAUGCUGAAAAAUGGGUUGCUGUGUCAUUGUGGGAAAAGCUGCCACGUAGCUGUACCUGUACUGUCUGACUGCCCAGUUUUUCUACACUGAGUUCUCCCAUGUGACUGCACCCCAGGGACCGACGAGGGACAUCAUUUGGAGGAGGAUUUGACGCAAAGUGUGGGGCACUUCCCCACUGGCAACAG